AUGUUGGAUGAUACUGGCCGUCUGGCCGCCAACCCGAACUCCCCCAUUUCUGAUCCUCCGACACUGCGGGAUAGCUAUUCUGGUAUCCCCGACCGCCUGCUAGGAAAAGCCUGCAAGGCAAAGCAACAAGUCUUUGAGAACCAGACCAAGGAUAUCGAUCCCCGAGCUCGCCUGCCUGUCAUUCCGAAGGGCAUUUCUCUGCCGUUGUUCAAUGCCGCCAUUGGUGAGCUCCAACUUCGGCUAGGAACCGAAAAUGUUGUCGUGAAUGAUCAGCCCCUCGUUGAUGGAUGGUACAUGGAACACCCCAACACCCACGACGCCUUUAACCUGCUCGAAUCCGAAGAGACUGUCGCAUCGGCCCUCGCCUACCCCAGCAGCACAGCAGAAGUCCAGGCCAUCGUCCUGUGGGCCAACAAAUAUGGCAUUCCCAUCUAUCCCAUCUCUAUGGGUAGAAACUUGGGAUAUGGGGGCGCCGCUCCAAGAGUCCGGGGAUCCGUCGUUAUCGACCUCGGUAGAAGAAUGAACAAAAUCCUCGACAUCAAUCCUGAUGAUUGCACGUGUCUGGUUGAGCCAGGUGUGUCUUUCUACGCCCUUCACGAGGCUAUUCAAUCUCGGGGCUACGACAAUCUGUGGAUUGACGUUCCAGAUCUCGGUGGUGGCUCCGUCAUGGGCAACACCUUGGACCGCGGCGUUGGAUACACCCCCUACGGUGACCACUGGGCUAUGCAUUCGGGCCUCGAGGUGGUUUUGCCCACUGGAGAGGUUAUUCGUACCGGCAUGGGCGCGAUGCCUGGGGCCACUACGUGGCAGACUUUUCCCUACGGCUUUGGGCCUCUACACGAUGGAUUAUUCUCCCAGUCCAACUUCGGUAUCGUAACCAAGAUGGGCAUGACUCUGAUGCCUAAUCCUGGCGGAUCAGAAAGCUUCAUGUACACGUUCCCACACGAGGAAGAUUUGGCACAACUAGUUGAAAUCAUCCGCCCUCUGCGGAUCUCUAACAUCUUGGAGAACGUGGCCCAGCUCAAACAUUGUAUCCAAGAGGUCGCCGCCCUGGGGCAUCCCCGGAGUACCAUAUAUCAAGGCCACGGCGCUGUCCCGACCGAAGUUAUCCGUAGUCAGCUAUCCAAGCUGCCUUGCGGCGAUUGCACCUGGAUUUACUAUGGAACUGCUUACGGGCCGGAGCACAUCCGCAAAUACAAACUCGACAUCAUCGACCGAGAGUUCAAGAGAGUGACAGGAGCCCGUCGUGUCGACCCAGCCACUAUCCCUUCCGAUCACUACUUUUGGGCCCGACACCGUGUUGCCUCGGGUACCCCGGACCUGCACGAGCUCGCCUGGCUUAAUUGGUUGCCGAAUGGUGCCCAUGUCUUUUUCAGUCCGGUUUCAUCCAUCACAGGCAAGGACGCCAACAAACUGCUGCAGAUCGCUAAACGGCGGCAUCGAGAGGCCGGUAUCGACAUAUUCCCGGCCUUUUGCGUUGGUCUGAGGGAGAUGCAUCUGAUCCUGAACAUUGUCUACGACCGGGAUAGUGCCGCUUCGCGAGAUGCUGCUACCCAGUGUAUGAGAGGCAUGAUCAACGACGCUGCCAAAGAGGGCUACGGCGAGUACCGGACACACCUUCUGUUCCAGGACCAAGUGAUGAAGACCUACAGCUGGAACGACAACGCCCUGGAAAGGUUGAACUCCAGGCUCAAAGAUGCUUUGGACCCUGCGGGAAUUCUAGCGCCGGGACGUUGUGGCGUGUGGCCAGCUAGAUACCGAGGCCGUGGGUGGGAGUUGGGAAUGGAAGCAAGGACUGGUUCGGAGGGGGAGAGCGUGGGACAAGGAUCAGCCAUGAGUAGAAUGUAA